AUGACAUCCUCAACACGAACGAUCAGUCGAUCAUUGAUGAACUGUACAAGACCAAGAUCAAGUCGAUCGAUCUUACCUUGUUCUUCUGCUCCUUCAUCUAGUUCCACCUUGGUCUCCAGUACUUCGAGAUAUUCUGUAUCAGAAUCACAUCUGCAGAAUCAGCAAAGAAGGACAUUCUUCUCAUUGCCUGAUAUAAGCAAAUUAGCAGGUCUAGUACCUGGACAAUCCAGUUCUUCUACUCAAACUCAUUCGGAAACCAGUGGUGUCAUAACGGAUAUAGAAACUGAUGGGGAAAUACAAAGGUUUCAUGCUAGAAAGAUAUUGCCAUACUCUCAAUCACAGUUAUAUUCAUUGGUCUCGGACGUACCAUCCUAUUCGUCUUUUAUACCAUUUUGUAAUUCUUCAACUGUCGUCUCCAAAUCGACCUCUCCUUCCGGUUCUUCCGGUUCUUCAAGUGGAAAUGGGAAUGGGAAUGGGAAUGGAAAUGGAAAUGGGAUGAAAAGAGAAACAGAUUGGAAACCUGAUAAUAAACCAUUCGAGGUUUUAGCUGAAUUGGCAGUCGGUUUUGGUGGAUUAGAAGAAAGAUAUAUAAGUAAAGUUGUUGGAAGACCUUUUGAAAGUGUCACCGCAACAGCAUCUUCUCAAACACCUUUAUUCAAAUCAUUGAUAACGAGAUGGUCAUUUAGUCCUGCAUCUUCGUUAUCACCACAUCCAACUUCCUCUACUUAUACCCCUUCCACGUCAACUUCUACUUCAAUUUCAUCUUCAACGUCGUCGCAGAAGAACAUUGGAGAAAUACGUGAACCAAACUCAACAUCACCUGCAAAUCCAGAAAUCGGUCCUACGUUAUUAACGAUAGAUUUAAAUUUCAAUUUCGCUAAUCCUUUACAUCGAAUUGCAAGUCAAGCUGUUUUACCUAAAGUCGCCGAUAAGAUGAUACAAGCUUUUGAGAAAAGAUGUUUGGAAGUUUAUGGAAAAGGAACUGUGUAG